AUGGCCUCCCCUCUUCGCUCAAAUCCCUGGCGGGCAUACCAGUGCCUCGCCCGUCAAAGGGCCCGCACCCCUCAAAACACCCGCCACCUCUCCUCAACCACCCUCCGAUCCGCCAACAAUGCCGCCAGCAAUCCCCUCCGAUCCGCCGAGCGCGCAAAGCGUGUACAAGAGGUUGCGAAAGCAAAGCGCUCAGUCGUCAUCUCCACCGUGGGAAUCAUUGCCUGUGCAGCAACAAUGUACGGAUUGGUCACAUAUGACGUGUUUGGAGUCGAAGCAUUGAAGAACAAGGAGGAGAAGACCGCAUCAAACAAACAAGCCGAAGCCACUACCCCGACAAACAACGGCGCAAUCAAAAUGGACGGACCAACCGGCUUCCCAAGUGACGGUGGACCGCCCCGAAACAGCUCAGUCCCAUAUUUCCCCUCAACCAUCCGCCUACCGUCCAUCAAAGAUGCCGACAAAAAACAAGCCGGCGACGAACUCUCCACCUCCGACGGCGACGAUUACCAACUCCUCGGCCUGGGCAUUCGCAGCGUCUCCUUCCUCUCAAUCCAAGUCUACGUCGUUGGUCUAUACGUCGCAAAAUCAGACAUCACCGAACUCCAACAACGUCUAGUCCACACAGCCGUCCACCCACCCUCCAACGACCCAGCCGCUAUCUCCGGCGCCGGCGCAGACGCAGCAACAUCCCUCGUCCCGCCAGAACGUCAACAAUUAAAGGAAAUGCUCCUGGACCCGGAGAACGGCGACGCCGCAUGGUCUGCUAUUAUCAAGGAUGACGGGAUUCGAACUGCCUUCCGCAUCGUGCCUACCCGUAACACGGACUUUAUGCAUCUCCGCGACGGUUGGGUCCGUGGCAUCACUGCUCGCGCACAGCAGAAGAAGCCUGCCCCGGGCUCCGACCAACUCGGCGAAUUCCAGGAUCAGGAAUUUGGAACGUCGAUGAAUGACUUCAAGGCUGUUUUUGGCGGUGGUCAGCGGAAGAAUGUUCCCAAGGGACAGACUUUGGUUCUUAUGCGUGGUGCGCAGGGUGCGCUGGAUGCGCUUUUCCAGCCUGAGGCUACUAAGCCUGUUCAGUGGAUGGGGAGGGUCGAGGAUGAGCGGAUUAGUCGUCUUGUUUGGUUGAAUUAUUUGGCUGGGAAGAAUGUUUCUAGUGAGGGGGCGCGGAGGAAUAUUGUUGAUGGGUUGAUGACUGUUGUUGAGCGGCCUGUUGGAACUGUCACUCAGCGGAUUGUUUGA